AAAGCUACCGUGACCGUUACUCUGCUGUGCCCAGACCCGGGGUUCGCGCGUCCUGAAGCAGUAGCGUCGACUGCGCGGUCCUAAGCAAUUAAGAGAUGCAGACGAACUUGAUACCUAGAGCUUAGGAGGCCGCUAGGGAACUUUUGCGGCCUUCCCGCCUCCCCCGACAUGACCGACGCUGUUGCGCAGCGGCCGCUGCUUGAAGCACGCAUCGACGCGCUAUUCCCUGACGGCGAGCACCAGCCGCCUGCAGUCCAGCUGCGCAGAGCUAUCGCGCUCUGGCUGGCCGGCAGCCCGCGACCGGAGGUCGGCGAUUGCGCGGCGCUGCUCACCACGCUGGGCAGCUACCUGCGCCAGAGCCAGGCGCACCUGUGGCUUGACCCGGACCAGCGCUGGCCCAAGCUCAAGACGUUCUUGGAGGAGCCAGACAGCCAGGGCGCGUUCCGGGUGCAGGAUGUGGCGGUGCGCCUCAACCUGCGCCUGCUGCUGCCACCAGCGGCCACCAGCGGCUCGCUCCCCGUCCCGCCGGCAGGAGCCGAUCCAGCUCUCCUGACGCCUGCCAAGGUGCGACAGGCUCUUCACAAGGCCUUUCGGACCCUGAAGACGGCGGAUGGCCGCCCCAAGGACCCAGGCACCAUGCUCAGUCGCCACCUGGGGCUGUGGCUCUCCGGCAGCCCCUUUCCCGACAAGCUGCCCGACACGCCUUACGCCGCGCUGCUGAGCGAUGUCGGCAGCUACCUGGCCGAAGGCGGCGGCAACCCAGCAUCGCGCAUGUGGUGCGACGCCGCCUACAAAUGGCCGAAGCUGCGCGUGUUCCUGACGGCGCCGGAGCGCGGCCGCUGCUUCCGGGUGGUGGCGCGGGAGGGGCACACCGGAGACGACCUGGUGCAGUUGGAUGUGGAGGCAGUCCUGGCCAGGGCGGCCGCUGAAGAGGCGUCCGCAGGAGCCGUCAGCAGCAACAGCAGCAGAGCAAGCGCGGUAGGGGGCGCCGGUGCCAGCACUAGCAGCAGCGGGAGACAGGCGGCGGUGACGUCGAUAGCUGCAAUUGGCGGUUAUACGUCUGCUGCGGCCUCGGCUGCCGUGUCUACCGUUCACAGCCUGUCGCGCACCGCGUUGCGCAGCCUGGCAAGCCAUGUCUUUAUGGAUCCCGGCGGCGGAGCUGUCCACGGUGACAACGGUGGCGGCGGCCACACUGGUGCCGCCGGCCGCCGCCUGCGCCGCGCCGUUGCGCUACAUUUGGCUGACAGUCCCGCGCCCGAGGUGGGCCCAUACCACACACCCAUGGCUCGGCUUGGAGAUUUCAUGCGGAGGGAGCCGCAGGCGUCUCUGUGGCUCAACCCAAGCAUCAACUUCCCCAAGCUCAAAGACUUCCUACUUGCUCCGGAGAGCCACGGCGUCUUCUGGGUUGAGGUCACGCCCGAGUACUCCGGAGGCGUGGCCUCCCUAGACGUGGCCGUGAUGCAGCGCUGCGUCGCUGAGCAGCGGCAGCAGCAGCAGCAGCAGCGCUACGUCGCCAGCGGUGCCAACAGCGGUUCCACGGAAGCAACGGCCUCGCAGAAAGCGGGCGUAACCAAGGCCGCGGCCGCGGCUGACGGCGCACGUGGGGUUGAUGGUGAUGCGCGUGAGCUACCGCCCACCUCGCAGAUGGUGCGCAUGGUUUUCCCCCUGUCCGUCCCAGCUGAAGGUGGCGGCGCCAGCCUGCGGGUCACGGACGCCGGCCACCUGCUGCGACGAGCGUUCGCCUUGCGGCUCGCCGGCUCACCGGGGCUACCGGGUCUGGGACUGUACGGUUUGCCCCUGGCUUUACUUGAAGACAUGGUGCGAAGCGAGCAGGAGCAUGCGGAGCGGUGGCACGAGGUUUCCGGAACGUAUCCGGACCUGCCGAGCUUCCUUGCAGCGCCUGAGGGCCACGGGGUGUUUCGGCUGGUACCCGCCGCGCCCGAGAGCUCUGGCGGAGGCGGUGGUGGCGGAGGCGGCGUCAGCGUGUUCCUGGAUGUGGAGGCCCUGCGGCAGCAGUUGGCACGGCAGCAGGAGGCGCAGCGCCGCACGCGCACGGCGGCCGACGUCAGCGGCAGCACCAACAGCAGCAGCUUGCCGAAGGCGGUGGCGGCAGCAGGCGCAAGCACCCCAGAGGCGAUCGCAGCGGCGGCGGUUGCAGCUGCGGCGGCUGCAGCCUGGCCGGGCGACACGCCGCAGUGUGUGCUCCGCCGGCAGGCGGCGGCGGAGCUGGCUGCGGCGGGACCGUGCGCAAUAGCGGGCGGCCGGAAGCACGCGUUAUCAAUAGGCCGGAUAGCGGAUCUAGUUCAGCGUGCACAACCCACCGCCGCUGCGCAGCUGAAGGCGGACAUGGGCGGCAAGGUGCAGUGGCCGGUGGUGCUCACGUCGAAUGGCGGCGCCGAACUCCUGUCGGACAUGGAGGCGGCAGUUGCCGUGGUACCGCUGGAGGCAGUAGCAGCUGCGGGUGAUAGCUACAGCCGCUACCUGCUGCGUGCUGUGCAAGGGCAGUUCGACAAGGCCGUGCUUUUGAACCUGCCAGAGCUGCUGCGGAGGCACGGCAGCGGUGAUGGCAGAAGGGCUGUGAACGUUGGGAUCAGCGCAAGCCUCGGCGCCAGCGGUGACCCCAGCAGCUGGCGCCAGCAGCCCGCUGCGGCCCCCGCAACAGCAGGCACAGCGCCGAAGACCGGUAUGGAGGGCGCUCUGUACGGCUUAUUCCGCGAGCCUGCUACAAACGAGGCGGCGGCCACGGACGCAGCGGCGCUGCGCUGCGUGGCGCGGCUGCUGCUGGAGGCGCCGCCUCCGCACAAGCUGCUCUUUGCGCAGCUCGGCUCCGAGGUGCCCAAGCGGCUAGGGCGGCCGUGUUCACGGCUGCGGACGCAGUGCUCCCACUGGCCCGACGUGUUCCUAGUGCAGCUGGAGGGCAAGAGCACCGUCACAGUGCAGCUUGUGUGCGCCAGGCUGCUGCGGCUCGCGGCGCGGACCUGCAGGGAGCAGGCAACAGCGUCAAGCAGCUCGCGCAGCACCAGCGUGGCCCCGGCGCAAGCAGCAGCGCUAAUGUCCGUGACGGCUGCGGCGGCAGCAGGCUCUACAGCCGGGGCUGCGGCUGCCUCUGCUCCGCUGGAUGAGUCCACGGCCGCGCUCAUCCGCUCGGCCUUCCCGCUGCGGCUCGUCGGCGGCAUGCCGGCACCGGACCAGCCGGCGCGGCAGCUGCGGCAGGCCAUCGCGACAUGGCUCGCAGCCAGCCCCGAUCAACAUGGGGUCCUGGGGCCGCGGCGUGCGUCAAUGUCCUGGCUUGGGCACCAUCUGCGGCUGCAGCAUCUGUGGCAGAACCCGGCUCACAAGUUCGGCAAGCUCCGGGCGUUCCUUGAGUCCCCGGACAGCCUUGGCGUGUUUGUGGUGCGCUGCAGAGCGGGGGAGUCGGAACCCAGCAUCAAGCUCGAUGAGGCAGCCCUGCGCCGGGCGGCAGCUUCUGCGUUGGCUGAGGGCCGCGCGCGGAGCAGCAGCAGCGGAGCAGCCGCAACGGUGCCUUCUGGCGGUGGCAUGCAGUCGGGCUCGUCGCAGUGCGUGCUCGUCGGCUCCACGACAGCCGCAGCGGCAGUAGCGCCCCCAGUGCGCCGCUCGGAGUCGGUGGCCGCGGACGCAGUAGGCAGCCCUCCACAAGAGCCGGAGGCGGUCUCCGAGUCUGUUGUGGAGACUGGGCAUGUGCAGAAUGUGCCCGUAGUCCCCAACCCGACAGGUUCCGAUUCUGCAGCAGCAGCAGCAGCAGCAGCAGCAGCAGGCAUUGCAGGGAUUGCGGACGAGGCUGCGCAGCAGCACCUGCCGGAAGCUGGCGUGUACGUGGUGACUGACCCGUACGGCGAGGAGCUCAUUGCCAUGCUGCAGCACUGCGGCUGCUGCACACGCAUUGGGCUUGCGGUGCAGGCGCACGGCGGCAGGCCGGCGCUAGUCAGCGUCUACGCACCGCCGGCGCUCAUGCAGGUUGAAGGACCGGAGGGACAUCUGGUGCAGUGGCCGGCCGCUGUGUACCUGGUCGAUCCGCUAACGGCGGCCGCGUCCUACGGUGGCGGCGCAGACGGCGACGUUGCGGCGGCGGCGCUGCUAUGCAGUCUGCAGCAGCUGCUGGAAGCGCCGUCGGUGGCCAAGGUUGUGCACGGCGGCGGCGGCGCGCUGGCGUGUUUGGAGGCGGCGAUGGGCGCGUUCAGUGGCAGCGGUAGCGACGGGGCUACGUCCGUGUGCUCCUAUCCCGUGCAUGACACAAACAUCAUCCUGGCGAGUGUGGAGUCCAUGCUGGGCUUGCCGCACACACCACCAGCGCCUUCGUCGCUGGCCAACGGUGCCGGUGCCGGUACCGGUGCCGGUGCGUACCUGCCCGGGUCCUACGCCGGUGCGGGCGUGGCGUGGCUGCGCGGGCUGCAUGCGCACGUGGCCCGCCUGCGUGACACGCUGGCGGGCACGGGGCUGUGGGCGGACCGGCCGCAGCUGCUGGCGGCGCUGACAGCCCGUCACUUUGCGGCGCUGCGGGAGGACGCCCAGGCGGCGCUGGGGGCAGGUGGGGAUGAGGACGCGGCUGCCCGUGUGCUGACGCGGCCGCUGAGCCCGAGCCAACUGGAGGUGGCGGCGCGGGCGGCGCGGCACCUGCCCGAGCUGUGGGCGGCGCUGGUGCAGGAGGCGGUGCCAUGGGUGGCUCUGCAUUCGAGCACGACCGUCCUGACCGGACAUCGGCAGCAAGGGCUGGUAGUUGCAGCGGGCGCUGAUGUUCCGGUGAACGGCAUUGGUGCUUCGGCUAUUGGGGCGGUGGCAUCCUAGUGCUUCUACUUCGCGGCUGCACCUCAAUGGGAGCCGGAGGAACCGGGAGGUUUGGGAAGCAGGGCGCUGCCCAGGCAUGUACGGUACAGAGGGUACAGGGGCCACAAGGGUCAGGGACAAGGAGCAGGGCCAAUGGCGACAGCUGGUGGGGCAACAUGUUGUUGACGUACGCGUUUACUCCUGUUUGCAGCCCACCCUCGCCAGCGGACUGUCACUGUCCAGCCGAGCUGGGGGCAUCCAAGGCGAGGUCAUCCGAGGCUCUCGCGCACUCGCCGCUUUCUCACGCAAAGCAACAAUAUGUUUGGUCUAUGCCAAACAAACAGGCGAUAACCGGAACAGUGUAAGAGGGCUAGCAGUGGACAUACCGCAGGUCUGGCAUCUUCUCAAUCACACACCUAGGCCAUGCAUGGACACGAGUUGCGAAUCAGGAUCAGGAUCAGGACCGAUAAGAGUGUGUCACCCGUACCAACGUAACCAUCGAUUGACGGAAACGCUGCGGCAGAUCUGCAUCAUCAUUUCAUUGCCUGUUUCAUGAGCUAUCCCUGAGCUUUUGUCUGAGGUUUAAGAUAGCCGUUGGCGGGUGACGAGGUGUGGUGUAGGCCGUUUGUGCGCAGCUGGAUGAAGGAGGCAGGUGCUACCGCCGGCGCUGCCGCUGCAGCUGCUGUACAGCAGGGCGGCAGCGCAUACGGCUAGGCAGCUUCAUUGUUGACACCCCAUCCAGUCUGAAGUCUGUUGACGAUGGGAGGGCCCCAGCCCGAUAGCCCCCAUACACCCCGCCACCGCUCCCAAGUGGGCACAAUCGCAUAGAGCGAAGGCGGCCCCGUCGCUGGAUGGUAGCCGCUCUGUGCAGGUGGGGCGCGGCGCCUGGACAAUGCGCGGGAGGGGGGGGGGCGAGGGC